ACCAGGACGAUGAGCGAGUGCAACCGUGUUUACCACCGUUUCUUAUCCGGUUCUUUUUAUUCCGAGGGUUUGCGUUUGUCGAUCAUGGGAAAUCCACUUUUUUAAAGCACCUGCUCGGGCGAGGAACUAAUCGAGGAGAAUCCAGCUGUGGAAAUCUGCGUUUGUAUUCUGCGAGGGGACAUUUCUUAUUUGAUCUAAUCAUCGCGUCCUUUCACCGGAGAAAAGAUGAGCUGCUUCAGUGAGAGGAGAAGACGCACAUCUCCCAUGGGAGGCAGCAGCCGAAACGAGCUGGUCCCCUCCAAACUCCCCAGGAUGAACGGGUGGUCGUGGCCCCCUCAGGCCUUCCAAGUGGCCGGCUGGUUGGUGUACAGCUUCUUCGCCAUAGUCGGAUUCGGCAUCUACAUCCCUCUUCUUCCUCUGCCGUGGAACCAAGUGCUCUACUCCCUGACGGGCAUAGCAUUUAUCGUGCACCUUUUCGCGCACAUUGCUGCCGUCACUAUAGACCCAGCGGACGCCAGCGUCAGGGCCAAGCAGAGCUACUCCAGCCCAAAGCCACUUUUUGAUCGGAAAAACCAGCAGCAUGUCAUCCAGGACCUGCACUGCUAUCUAUGUGAUGUCAAAGUUGGCCCCAAAGUGAAACACUGUGGUGUUUGCAACAAAUGUGUGGAAGACUUUGAUCACCAUUGCAAAUGGCUGAACAACUGCGUGGGUGGGAGAAACUACUGGUGCUUCUUUGUGGCACUGUGCUCUGCUACGAUGGGGUCCUUCCUGCUCGUUGUUGUCAUCUUCUUCAUCUUUAUUCAGCAUUACCUGGACCCAAACACUCUAAGAACUGCUCCACAGUUUGGUAGUAUGCUGGGGAAUGGGACCUGGCUGGCGUUUAUACCAUUAGCACCCAUAAAGACUAGUUCUGCAGGUCUCCUCAUAUUGGCCUUUAUAACAGUGAUGCUGUGCAUCGUCUGCCUGCUGCUGCUCUUUCAUCUGCUGGGUUUUCACUUUUACCUCUUUUCUAAAGGAAUAAGCACCUAUGAUUAUGUCAAGAUGCAGCGCCAGAAAGAAGCUAGAAUCCUAGAGAUUGAAGCAGGACAAUCCAACGAUGCCAAAACUCAUAACAAGGACCCAGAGGUGAGGCCUGCUCUUUGCUUCUCACUGUUGAUCACUUGUUUAUUUCUUAAUGUCUGUAAAACAUGUUUUUUGUUCAUCUUUUUACAGAACCAAGAUCACUCAAUCGACUGUGAGCCUGCAUUAUCACAGAGUUCAAGUACCUGCAAAUUUGAUGAUGGAGUCCUACUUAGCAGCAGAAUUCCCGGGUCCAUAUGUACAGAGCUGGAAAACCUCAAGAAAUCAACAGAGAAGGAGAAUCGUUUUCAUUAUGGAACAGAAAUCCCAACAGAGAAGACAGAAAGGGAAAUAAAUGACAUCAAUUGCUGGAGGCCUAGUCCUGAUGAAGAGGCUCAGAGCCCCAGUGUGCAGUCUGUGGACAGUGUUCCUGUGGUGCAGGACCCUCUGGGCAGCUCAGUGAUGACUCCGGACGAUACAUGAUAGGAACUGACGUGUGAUGAGCAGCAGGGACCGAUGAUAUGCUGCCUUCAGGGACCAUGUAUUAUGAAUCUUUGCAUCGCGAAACUGAGCAUCGUGGACACAUUGUUGACAUGGACAGAGGACAUCGUGGACGUCACCUCAAAGUUUGAUACAGUUUUUUUUUUAUUUUCAUCUAGUGGUCAUUUUUUAUGCAGGACAAUUGUUCUUGUGUUUUUAUCUACACUGUGUUUUAAUGUCAGAUUAAUUAUUGUUUUUAUUUCACCAACUUUGUACAGAAAGUCAGAUAAUCCAGCUCACAUACACUUAUAUUCAACCUGAGUCACAUAGAUACAACAAUGCAUAGGAACAAUUUAGCUUCCUGAAAGCUGAAAGAUAAUAUUUGAUUUUACUGUUCUGAGCCAGAUGGGUAAUUUUGCCUGGAGACCAAAGAGAGAACCUGACAUGACAAAACACACCCUCUAACUCAUGUAGUAAAUCAGACAGCAGGUUGAAAAUGAGGCAGCAGUUCAGCUUUCGGUUAACUGUUGAUAACACACAGCCAUCAGUGCUUUGUGUAUUUUAUUGCUGAAUUUGAUAGUAAACUAUAUAAACAGACCAUAUUUUCUACAUUAUUUGUAUUCUUUAGCUUCUUUACCACACAUUGACAACCAAGCAUAUCCAGAUUGUGGGUAUUCCUGGUUUCUGUCUAUAUAUUCUAAGAUAAACAGCUAUUUACUGGUUGAAUUUGCCUCAAAACAUUUGUUUACCUGUAGCUGCUGAGCAUGUUCAGCAAAAAAAAGCCUCUGUGUGUUGCUAGACUACUUUUAACUGAAAUAUUCCUAAUGCACUUUAAAGUAAAAUGCUAUUCUGACAAAAAAUCUUAACCAUUUGUUUUUAGAUAUCACACUAACUAAAGCAGCUUGAGAGCUGAGUGAUUCACAGUUAUUUUAGUGGGAUAGUUCAGACGUGUUACUGGGCAGCAGGAUUUGUCUAAAAGAUAAGGAUUUGGUGAAAACACAAUCAGGAGUAAAAAUAAUUACCCAAAGAAAAUAAACAAGAAAGACUUAUCUUUUAAGACAUGUCCACUGUGUUUCAGUUGGCAAAACCUAAAUCUGUUUAACAACAGAUAUCAGGUAUCCAGGAGACUGUCAAAGUAUAUUUCUACUCGUGUCCGUGAGAACAACUGCUCUGCUCUGAAGAGAAUCAGCAUUAAGCUCUGCGGCUCUUGGUGGCUUUUGUGCUCACAGCUACUUUAAAAAAUGUUUUUUCUCACCUGUGGCCUUAAUGUGAUUGGAGCCAGUGUCAAGAAACCUUCACAGCGAGUGAUCCUAGCAUGGCUGUUUAAUUCCUAAAAUGAGCAGUCAUAUUUAAGUCAAAAAGUACAUGAAUUAUACAUUUAUUUAUCUGUCAAUUGGAUUUGAGUCUUUGAGACACAAAUUGUAGGUUUUUAGUGUUAAGUGCUCUUAGUGUUUUUAAGCUGUUACAUAUUUGCACCACCAGAGGGCGCUAGACACUGGAAGACUUGUGUUUUUAAGUUGAUUGUUAAACAAGGGUCUGUCUGGGUGGUUUAGGUUUCAUCGGUUUGUUUCAGAGAGAACUACCUGUCAUGUGCUUAUCUACUGGAGCCAGCCGCUUCCUCCUACAUGGACUUUAUAGGGGAGAAAUCUAUUGUUCAGCCAUUUCUUAUCAUGGCUUGAAUUACUUGACAGGGGCCUGAUGGGCCUUUAUUUCAUAGCACAUCAUAAAGCUGCUCCUAUAUCACAUUGAGAAUGACUCAGGUCUGUUCCCUGUUGUGGUUGCAUGGUUUGAGGAAGCUCUGUCAGUGAGACAGCGAGUCCUCAUUCACCCGGCUCACUGAAACCAAAUCAUCAAAUAAAACAUCAUCUCUGAUUGUGUAUUUAAACCGGUGCUGUACCUGCUAUAACCACUGCAUUGUAUUGUACUGUAUUGUAUUGUAUUGUAUUGUAUUGUAUUAUUUUGUCACAAGUCAUGGUCUAUCCAUACUACUGUUUGUAAGAUAUAAUCUGUCUACCUAUUAAUUAUUUGUCUAAGAGGCCCAAUUAUGUGGGAGUAACAUCAGAAACAAACAGAGGACUUUAUCAGUAUGAAAUAACAAAUAGGACUAUUAAUCCAUGUUGCAAUCACACAACUAAAAGAGGUGUUUAAAUAGAAAGUAUUUCCCCUAUCUAUUUAUUUUCUAUGUGAAUAAAUCAUGAGAAACCGGAGGAAGGAAAAGGAUCAGAGAAAAGAUUAGCCUCAUGACCUUACACCUAUAUGGGAUGUGUUUUAAACGUUUGUUAGCCAUAGAGGAACUGUUUAUUUUUUUCUUCUACAGGUUUUAUUGCAUAAGCUGAUUUCACAAAUGUGGCACAGAGACUGUUCAACUGUUGACUGUGAUAGUAAAGUGACUUUUUUGAACCUA